AUGGCACGACUUUCCAAGGUUGUUCUUGUCACCCUUGGCUCCCUGACCGGUGUGAAUGCAUGGGGUGUGUUGGGUCAUGCAACUGUUGCCUAUAUUGCCCAAAAUUACGUUUCGUCCAGCACUGCAUCAUGGGCGCAAGGUGUCCUCGGAGACACGUCCACCUCGUACCUGGCCAAUAUCGCCUCUUGGGCUGACCAGUACCGUACUACGACUGCUGGCAAAUGGUCAGCACCACUUCACUUUAUUGAUGCCGAGGAUAAUCCUCCAACCAGCUGCAAUGUGGACUACACUCGUGAUUGCGGUAGCUCAGGCUGCUCAAUUUCUGCAAUUGCAAACUACACUCAGCGUGCUGGUGACGGCCGUCUCAGCACUGCCAACAUUGCUGAAGCCGUCAAGUUCCUCGUCCACUUCCUUGGAGACGUGACCCAGCCACUGCACGAUGAGGCCUACGAGGUUGGCGGAAACAGUAUCAAGGUCACUUUCGAUGGUUACAGUGAUAACCUCCACUCCGAUUGGGAUACUUACAUGCCCGAGAAACUGAUCGGCGGCAGCUCACUUACCGAUGCGCAGUCUUGGGCCAACACGCUCAUCAAUGAGAUCAAUUCAGGUAGCUACAAGUCUCAGGCUGCUAGCUGGAUUCAGGGAGAUGACAUCAGUGAUCCCGUUACUACUGCCACCCGAUGGGCAUCAGAUGCUAAUGCCUAUGUUUGCACCGUUGUCAUGCCUGAUGGAGCUGCUGCCUUGGAGACUGGUGACCUCUACCCAACUUAUUACAACUCGGCUAUUGGAACUAUUGAGCUUCAGAUUGCCAAGGGUGGAUAUCGUCUGGCUAACUGGCUCAACAUGAUCUAUAACAAUGAGAUCGCGAAGCGGGACCUGGAAAGUUUUGUUAACAAGGCUCGGAGCGACGUCCGAGAUCUUAUGGGCCGGGAUCUGCUGCCAGAGUCUCGCCCCUUGAGCCGCGCUCAGCUGGCUAGAGAUGCUAUGGGAGGAGACUGCUGUGGAUCUGCGAGACAUGCUCAUUAA